AAUGCAAAUGUGAAGACGACUUUGGGAAAUUACGGCAUAAAAAAAAUGAGAUGAUUCAAAGAGAUUUACUUACUGAAAUUGCAUAUACGGUAAACCCUUUGGAGAUCCUGCAACUACUUUUCAACCAAUAGCAUCUGCGCCGAUCCGAUCCCAUUUGAAACCGAUGGAGGCACCACCAGCAGUAGCCGGCGGAAACCCCGCCCCCGACGACGUUUCCCAGGCGGAAACAGCGAUAUUACGAUUGAAAUUGGCGGUUUGGCAGCAAUUUCAACACGUGCUCGACAAAACCACCCCGCACGUGCUACGGCGUUGGAUAGGGUUUUCGGUUCUGGCUUUCCUCUACGUCGUCCGCGUCUACUUCUUGCAAGGCUUCUACGUCGUUUCAUACGCUCUUGGCAUUUAUAUCCUCAAUCUCCUCAUCGGUUUUCUCUCUCCUCAGGAAGAUCCCGCCCUCGCCGCCGAUGGUCCUACUCUUCCGACCAGAGCUUCCGAUGAGUUCCGGCCGUUUGUUCGCCGACUCCCUGAAUUCAAGUUCUGGUACUCAAUCACGAAGGCAUUUUGCCUUGCAUUUGUGAUGACUUUCUUUAGUGCGUUUGAUAUUCCAGUCUUCUGGCCAAUACUCCUCUUCUACUGGGUGAUCCUGUUCACGCUUACUAUGAGGAAACAAAUAUCACAUAUGAUCAAAUACAGAUAUGUACCAUUCACAUUUGGGAAACAGCACUAUCAGGGAAAGAAACCAUCGGCAGAAGAAAGCACAAGUCUUCCCGUGGACUGAUAUUUUCAGCUUCUCAGUAUAUUUUAGCAGCUUGAGAAAUCUGUUGAUGUGGUGGCUGAUAAAGAUUGUUUUGAGGUCUAGCGUGGACAUGGACAUUGGAUGUUCAAUUCCAUAUUGGGCAAUUAUUUGGACUUCUUUAAUGCCUUUGGGAAGAUCACUCUUCUGUAAAAUCCUUUUUUAUUGUAAAAUCCUUUUUAUUGUUUUUCUAUAGGUGGGUAAACUCAUGUUCUUAUUGCUGAAUUCAUAGUCCAAUAACAAAAAAAUUACAAAACCUGUGCAGAAGGAAUCACCUCUAUUAUUUGGAAAUGGGGUUAACACUGAACUGUCUUUUCCAUUGUACUUUUUUUUCUUUCAUUUCAAUGAUUUUAGGAAUU